UUUUAUAACAAUACACAAAUGAUGUACUGAAUGAGGGAUGAGAGCAGAUAUAAUGAUCACACUGUUUAAAGCUGCAGACAGAAACAUCAGACUCAGGACAGAAACACACGACCUCUAAAAAAUGGAGCAAACUCUAUAUUUCAUUCUUCUUCUCAUUGCUCUCUGCUCCGUAUCUGAAUGUGUUCAGCGUCAGUAUCACUUUAUAAACGUGAGGAAGAACUGGACUGAAGCUCAGAGAUACUGCAGAGAGAAUUACACAGAUCUGGCCACCGUUGACAACAUGAACGACAUGAACGAGGUGAAGAAGAGUGUGAAUGAUGGACAUGUCUGGAUUGGGCUGGAGAAGACGGGUGUUGGUAAAUGGCAGUGGUCUUCAGGUGAUCCUGCGCUCUUUCUGAACUGGGGAUCUGGACAACCUGAUGGCACAGAUGAGUGCGGUUUUAUUAGAGAUGGACAAUGGCAUGAUGGGUCAUGUAGUGACAGCCUGACUUUCAUCUGCAGUUCAUCUAACAACACGAACACAGGACUCGUCUUUGUCAACCAGACGAAGAAAUGGAGAGACGCUCAGAGUUACUGCAGACAGAAUCACACUGAUCUAGUCAGUGUGAGGAACCAGAAUGAGAAUCAACAGCUUCAGAAGUUCAUCAAUGAGAGUCACAUAUCUGGUGAUGUCUGGAUCGGUCUGUUCAGAGACUCAUGGCAGUGGUCAGAUCAGAGUAACUCCUCAUUCAGAUACUGGAGGUCUGGUCAACCUGAUAAUGCUGGAAAUAAUGAAAACUGUACAGAGAUUAUGAACACUCAGGGACAAUGGAAUGACAUCUCUUGCAACAACCAGUUUCCUUUUGUGUGUCAUGAAGUUUUGUGUCCAGAUAAACUGAUUCUGAUCAAAGAGAAGCUGACGUGGUCUGAAGCUCUGAGAUACUGCAGACAGAAUCAUGUGGAUCUGGUCUCGGUUCAUUCAGAAGAGAUUCAGCGUGAGGUGAUGAAUGUGGUUAAACAGGCGUCUACUGAGGCGGUGUGGUUGGGUUUACGUCACUCCUGCACUGUGGGCCUCUGGUUCUGGGUGAGCGGACAGACCGUGUGCUAUCAGAACUGGGCGUUUGAUGAUUCAGAGAACUGUGAUUCUGCAGUGAGAUCUGGAGCAGUUCAGUCUGGAGAAGAUCAGCGCUGGAUCAGCCGUCCUGAGACUGACAGACUCAACUUCAUCUGCAGAAAUUAUGAGUGAAUGGAUACACAUACAUUUCAUGUAAGAUAACAAAUGCUUGUGUGUUCACUUCCUUUAACUUCAGUUUAAUUCAUCACAUGGUUUGUUGUGAAUCAUUCAGCACAUUUAUCAAACUGCCAAAGUCACAUGAUUUCAGUAAACAAGGCUUUGUUACUUUUGAAACAUUUCGAAAUGUUAAUGGUUUGCCGCUAUGAUCUCUGUGUCUAUAUGGUUACACAAUAAAAUAAAAGAGACUUACACAGUAGGGUAUCAUGUAAGACUAAAUGAACAGUUUCAAAUAUUGAUGUUUGUUGUCAAGUUGUUAAUUGUUAAGAGCCUCGACAUCUGCUGUUUGCUUUUAUAAACUCUUUCUGUCUCUUUUUGUGUUAUUUACUAACUUCAGAGUUAAUUGAAUUUUGUGAGGGGUCAAAGGGCAUCAAAUACUCAUCAUUAUAUGUUUAUAAUGUUUUAUCAUGAUAUAAUUCAUAUAACUGAUGAUUGUGUGAGUUUUUUAAAUUUGUGUUUUAAGGAUCUCUGUGGUACUUCUCUCUCUUAUAUUGAGUUUCAUGUGUUAAUCAUGACUUUAUAUUAGAAAUGACUGGAUGAAUGUGAAUCAAUGAGAACAUGAUGUGCCUCAGCUAAAUAAAAUACUGUUUAUUCAUGAAGAACUGAAGGUUGGGUAUAAAAUAUCUAAUUCUUUUGUGCUAAACAUAAAAGAACGUGUCAACAACAGCAGCUCAAAUAAACUCGAAUAAACUCAUGUACAACCAGCAAUCUCAUCUCAUCUCAUCUCUUGAUCAUUAAAUUACAAAAU